GCCCAUUACAAAACAAACCGGCUUUGACUAGAUCCAAUUUAUCUCCCAAAUCACCCUUUAUCUGACACAAUUUUGGCUCAAAUGCUAAGCCACAAGUUAGGCCAUGGCUCCAAGUGCAGUUCUAGCUGGACCUACUCAAAAUAAGCCUGUGAAUUCCUCCAUUUUUCACCACGUCAGAUGGGAACACCUCGCUGCUGGAGUGAGUGGAGGGGUCAUCUCAACACUCAUCUUGCAUCCACUCGAUCUCAUCAAAAUCAGAUUUCAAGUGAAUGAAGGACCCAGCCAUGCAGUCACCAAGCGACCACAGUAUCGAGGUUUCAUCCAUGCAACAAAGAGUAUCUACCAUGAAGGUGGUAUCCGCGGAUUAUACCAGGGGGCGACACCGAAUAUCUGGGGGGCUGGUGCAUCAUGGGGACUAUAUUUCCUCUUCUACAAUUCAAUCAAAAAUUGGAUGCAGGAUGGUGACAAGGAAGUCAACCUCGGUCCAGGGAAACACAUGUUAGCAGCCGCCCAGUCGGGGGUCAUGACGUUAGCUGUGACUAACCCGAUCUGGGUGACCAAGACAAGGUUGUGUCUACAAUACGAAUAUGCGCCGUCCAUGAAGGGACAAGCAUCCCGUGGCGAGAUGAAUCGCUACAAUGGCAUGUUUGAUUGUUUGUUCAAGAUUUAUAAAGUGGAAGGAAUGAGGGGCUUAUACAAGGGGUUUGUUCCAGGCAUAUUUGGAGUUUCACAUGGUGCUUUACAGUUCAUGGCUUAUGAGGAGCUGAAGACAAUAUACAGUGACUACCGUGGCACGUCAAGAACUAAAAAACUGAGUUCAUUAGAGUACAUCACGUUUGCCGCUUUGUCAAAGAUUUUUGCUGUGAUAACGACGUACCCAUACCAAGUGGUUCGCUCAAGGCUACAAGAUCAACAUCGGAGUUAUACUGGUAUUGUGGACGUCAUCCGACAAACAUGGAAGUUCGAACAUGUGAAGGGAUUCUACAAAGGACUCUUUCCAAAUCUUCUACGGGUGACACCAGCGUGCUGCAUCACUUUUGUCGUUUAUGAAAAAUUCACAGCAUUCUUCUCCAAAAGUUGAUACGAGACUUAACUGUAAUGGCCUGUUACUCAAUGGAAUUAGUAGCUCUUUAGUACAUGUACUUACUGAUGUAUUUACAUGACAAUGAUACGUCUCUCAGUGUGACAUCUGUUGGGUAAUUCUCCCUGCUGGUCUUAGGACAACAAGUUUUAGCCUGUAGCAUAGAGAAUUCUAGGAAGCAUCUUUUAGGAUCGAUAAAAAGUCAAGUUGUACAGAACAACAAUGUUUUCCUGUCUACCUACUGUAGGCUUGGCUAUAAGAAGCAUCUGCAGUGCCACUACCUUGACCAGAAUGUCAGUCUGGAUGCAGCCUGUGUCAGCAUCACCCUCUGAAUGGGGGGUUACCUGGAGAUGCCAUGUCAUCAUUGUUAAUGAAUUACUCCAAGUGUAUUGAUUUUAUCCAUUAAUUGUUGCAUUUGAUUGUAGAUAAUUAUUUAAUGAAGG